GAUAAACUGUCUUCUGUCUAGGAGCCUUCGAGGAUACUUCAUUUGCUUCUCUGACUAGUCUUGUCAAUGAGAACACUUUAAAGGCAAUAAAAGAAAUGGGCUUUACAACCAUGACCGAGAUUCAGCAUAAAAGCAUCAGACCGCUUCUGGAAGGCAGGGAUCUUCUAGCAGCUGCAAAAACAGGCAGUGGCAAAACCCUGGCAUUUCUCGUCCCUGCGGUUGAACUCAUUGUUAAGUUAAAGUUCAUGCCCAGAAAUGGAACAGGAGUCCUUAUUCUCUCACCUACGAGGGAGCUGGCCAUGAAGACUUUUGGUGUUCUUAAGGAGCUAAUGACACACCAUAUCCAUACGUAUGGGUUAAUAAUGGGGGGCAGUAACAGAUCUGCUGAAGCGCAGAAACUAGCUAAUGGGAUCAACAUUAUUGUGGCCACACCAGGCCGUCUCCUGGACCACAUGCAGAAUACCCCAGGGUUUAUGUAUAAAAACCUGCAGUGUCUGGUUAUUGAUGAGGCUGACCGUAUCUUGGAUGUUGGGUUUGAAGAGGAAUUAAAGCAAAUUAUUAAACUUCUGCCGACACGCAGACAGACCAUGCUCUUUUCUGCCACACAAACUCGAAAAGUUGAAGACCUGGCGAGGAUUUCUCUGAAAAAGGAGCCAUUGUAUGUUGGUGUUGAUGAUGAUAAAGCUAAUGCAACAGUAGAUGGUCUUGAGCAGGGGUACGUUGUUUGUCCCUCUGAGAAGAGGUUCCUCCUGCUCUUUACAUUCCUUAAGAAGAACCGGAAGAAGAAACUAAUGGUCUUCUUUUCUUCCUGUAAGCCUGUGAAAUACCACUACGAAUUGCUGAACUACAUCGAUUUGCCUGUCUUGGCCAUUCAUGGAAAGCAGAAGCAAAACAAGCGGACCACCACGUUCUUCCAGUUCUGCAAUGCGGAUUCAGGGAUAUUGCUGUGCACAGACGUGGCAGCUAGAGGGCUGGAUAUUCCUGAAGUCGACUGGAUUGUGCAGUAUGACCCUCCAGAUGACCCCAAGGAAUAUAUUCAUAGUGUGGGCAGAACAGCCAGAGGCCUAAACGGAAGAGGGCACGCCUUGCUCAUUUUGUGCCCGGAAGAGUUGGGUUUCCUUCAUUACUUGAAGCAAUCCAAGGUUCCAUUAAGUGAGUUUGAGCUUUCCUGGUCCAAAAUUUCUGACAUUCAGUCUCAGCUUGAAAAAUUGAUUGAAAAGAACUACUUCCUUCAUAAGUCAGCCCAGGAAGCAUACAAGUCGUACAUUCGAGCAUACGAUUCCCACUCUCUGAAACAGAUCUUUAAUGUGAAUAACUUAAAUUUGCCUCAGGUUGCUCUGUCAUUUGGUUUCAAGGUGCCUCCUUUUGUUGAUCUGAACGUGAACAGCAAUGAAGGCAAGCUUAAAAAGAGGGGAGGCGGCGGCGGAUUCGGCUACCAGAAAACCAGGAAAGUCGAGAAAUCCAAAAUCUUCAAGCACAUCAGCAGGAAAUCGUCGGACAGCAGGCAGUUCUCUCACUGAGGACGCCCUGGCCUGCCUUCCUUCGUGUCCUGAAAUGCAGUGCUGUCCUGCUCUCUGCAAGGAGUGUCUGUAACCAGGCUUUGGACCAUUCUCACGAGGGCGGAAGUGGACUUGGGUUGCAAGCACGAAGUGCUGUCGUUCCCACAGCUCUCUUUUCUCUUGGGAAUACAAAACGGAGCUCACCUUUUCUUGAUUGCUCAGCGGUAAAGCAAGGGAUCUUUUUGGCCUUUGUUAUGAUGAUAGGGUAUUUUUAAGUUUAAUCCCCCCCCCCCCCAUUUGUCACUGUUUUAGUGUAAUUCUUUUGUGCCUUUCCUUCCUGGUGUCUGAAGUCUUGCGGCGUGCAUUCCUGUACCAGCCUGCUGUAAAACGCCGAUGACCUAGCAUGCUGGUGGCAAUGCCGAAAACUGUCUUGGUUUACUCUUUGCUUUUGGCUGUUUCUCAGACCUUAACAGUGGUUCUUGACCCCUGCUGCAAAUGCUGCCAUCCCACAGUGCAGCGAGCUCCGGGGGACGCCUAAGAAGCCACCUUGGGCUAAAGUGGCAUCGGUUUUUAUAUACCCCAUAUUUUAAAACCAUGAGCAUUUCUCAACUUUUUUUAACAUCAAGAAAUGUGGGUUCUUUGUCAUAGUUUGAAUCAAGCGCCCCUAGCAGUCCUAACAUUUGAGAGGGGUCAGAAUCGGAUGUAUUGAGCCUCAUUUAUACCAAUAUAGGCGUAAUAUUCUGUUUUUUAUUCGGUAACUUGGCAGAGACUUUAAAAAAGAGUAGUCACAAAGAGUGGUGAUGCUCCUCGUUUGAGUUUGUCUCCAGUGCUUUGGACUGGGCGAGCCCUCCUAACUGCAGUUAUUCGAAGGCGGGGCCGACUGUCAGCAGACUCAAGGCCCGGCCAGCCGAUGGUGCUGAGCGCACACAAUGCUCUUACCUUUUUGGGAAAAAUUACUUCUUCCAGAUCCAUGAAGCAAAAAUAGAUUCACAGUGAAAACCGGAAAUGAAUGGAGGUCACAAAGAGACGAUGGUUUAGUCAGAUGGAUUUUUUGUUAUAGGAGCUCUUAAUUUCUAGUAUGUUUCACAGUUUGCUUUAUUUCUAGUGUAUUUUAUAACUACAAAGUGGUUAUAACAUUUUGUAGCAAUUCAAAACCAAAGUACUAGCAUUGUUUUGCUGUUGUGCCAGUUCAUAUUCAUAGACUCCUAAGUCCGCUGAGAACAUCAAAUUAGAGGAAAGAGGGUGAUAAAUAGCAUUUCAGUCGGAAAAGAAAAGAACGAUAUUCUGCCCCUGGGCGUGACCACUGUCACCUAGGUGGACCUGUCCUUGGUUUCAGACCUCAGCUGCCGCGUUCCUCGUGCUUAAUUACUGUUUCUCUGUCUAGUAACUUGGUUUUCUUUUUUGUUUCACAAAUGAUCAUGUUUCAAAAAAUAGACUAAAGCAAAAGGAAGAAUAUUUAAUCACUGAACAGAAAUAAAUACUGUGGAUAUUUUGGUAUUUAACUUUCCAGUGUUUUGUAUACAUUUUUAAUUUUUUUAUCCAAUGAAUUCAUCCUCUGCCCACAAUUUGUAACCAGCUUGUUUCAUAAUAUGUCGUUUUCCUGUCAUUAAACAGUUAAACCAGC